AUUCGGUCAUUUUUCAUACUACAGAGAUGUCUGGUUAUCAGGAGUUUAUUCAAACCAAUGAAGAUCGAGAUGGGGUUAGACUAAGCUGGAAUCUGUGGCCUUCCAGCAGAUUGGAGGCAACCAGGAUGGUCGUUCCUCUGGGUUGUUUAUAUACACCUUUAAAAGAGCGACAGGACUUGCCACCUAUCCAAUACGAUCCUGUGCUUUGCAGUAGACAACAAUGCAAAGCAGUGCUGAAUCCAUAUUGCCUUAUUGACUAUAGGAAUAAAGCCUGGACAUGUAACUUUUGCAUGCAAAGAAAUGCGUUUCCUCCUCAAUAUGGAAGUAUAACAGAACAGUAUCAGCCGGCUGAAUUAAUACCACAAUACACAACACUGGAAUAUACAUUGACGAGGACGCCCAGUCACCCUCCAGUAUAUCUCAUUGUAUUAGAUACUUGUCUAGAUGAAAGUGACUUACAGGCUGUGAGAGAGUCUUUACAAAUGUCGCUGUCACUAUUACCACCAAAUGCUCUAAUAGGUCUGAUAACUUAUGGUAAAAUGGUUCAAGUCCAUGAAUUAGCUGCCCCUGAAGGAUUCUCGAAGAGUUAUGUUUUCCGAGGAACAAAAGAAUUAUCCCCCAAACAAAUACAGGAUAUGUUGGGACUGGGAAGAGCUGGAAUCUCUAAAUCUCAUGGAGCAGACCAACAACAAUCAAUGUCCCCUCAACUACCAGCAAAUCAAUUCAUUCAACCUGUUCAUAAGGUCGAUAUUACCUUAACUGAUAUGCUUGGUCAAUUGCAACGAGAUCCUUGGCCCGUUUCACAAGGGAAAAGACCUUUAAGGUGUAUUGGUGCUGCACUUUCAAUCGCCAUUGGUCUAUUAGAAUGUACCUAUCCAAACACGGGAGCAAGAAUCAUGCUUUUUGCUGGUGGACCUUGCACUCAAGGACCUGGUGCUGUGGUAGACGAUGAACUUAAACAUCCGAUAAGAUCCCAUCACGAUAUAGAAAAAGACAGCGCAAAAUUUAUGAGAAAAGCAAUGAAACAUUAUGAAGCUUUGGCUCAAAGAGCUGCUACAAACGGUCAUUGCGUUGAUAUAUAUAGCUGUGCUCUCGACCAAACUGGUCUCUUAGAAAUGAAAAGUUUAGCUAAUUCAACAGGAGGCCAUAUGGUUAUGGGUGACUCUUUCGCAACAUCGCUUUUCCAACAAUCCUUUCAGCGAGUAUUUACAAAAGAUUCAAAGAAUGAUUUAAAAAUGGCCUUUAGUACAACUAUUGAUAUAAAAACAUCAAAAGAAUUGAAAGUUCAAGGAUGCAUUGGAACUUGUACAUCAUCUAAAAUACCAGGAAAUAACGUUUCGGAGAACGAAAUAGGAUUGGGCGGUACUACUCAAUGGCGAAUGGGAUCCAUAUAUCCGAACUUUACCUAUGCCUUUUAUUUUGAUGUUGUCACUCAACAUAACACUCCGAUACCUCAAGGUGGAAGAGGAUAUAUUCAGUUUGUAACGCAAUAUCAACACUCGAGUGGUCAAAAAAGAGUGAGAGUAACGACAAUUUCAAGAAAUUGGGUUGAUACCAAUGCCAAUCCAACUCACCUUGUAUCAGGUUUCGAUCAGGAAGCUGCAGCCGUAUUGAUGGCCCGAUGCUCAGUUUAUAGAGGACAGCAGGAUGAUGCAGCAGAUGUCUUAAGAUGGGUUGACAGAACUUUAAUUCGGUUAUGUCAACGCUUUGGACAGUUUAAUAAAGAUGAUCCAUCCAGUUUCCAAUUGCCAACCUCAUUCACUCUCUAUCCUCAAUUUAUGUUUCAUCUGAGAAGAUCGCAAUUCUUACAAGUGUUUAACAAUUCGCCUGAUGAGACUUCUUACUACAGGCACUGCUUGCUAGUUGAGGACACGGCACAGAGUUUGACUAUGAUUCAACCUAUACUUUACGCUUACUCUUUUAACGGACCACCUGAACCGGUCCUACUAGACACACAAUCUAUAGCUCCCGACCGUAUCCUAUUAAUGGAUACUUUCUUUCAAUUACUGAUAUAUCAUGGUGAAACAAUCCAUGCGUGGAGGAAAGCUAAUUACCAGGAAAAUGCUGAAUACGACAAUUUUAAACAAUUAUUAAGAGCUCCGGUGGAUGAUGCUCAGGAAAUCCUACAAACUCGUUUCCCCAUGCCGCGAUAUAUUGACACCGAAGCGGGAGGUUCCCAAUCAAGAUUUCUGUUGUCAAAAGUAAACCCAUCAAAGACGCAUAACAACAUGUAUGGAUGGCAGGAUGGAGGUCACGUUUUAACCGACGAUGUUAGCUUGCAAGUGUUCAUGGAUCACUUGAAGAAACUGGCUGUAUCACCAUCUACUUGA